AUGAGCUGCCCAUCUCUUCUACCUGUCCUCCUUCCCAGAGAAGAGGAUGAAGGCAUUGACUCUCCUCCUUGGUGUGUUGACUCCUCAGAGCUGUGUGAGGAUCAUGAGGAGAGACUGUCCUUGUUCUGUUUGGAUGACCUGGAGCCUUUAUGUAAACAGUGUGCAGCUGUGAGUCACACAGAACACAGAGUUUACCCUCUGACGGAUGCUGCAACCGACUGCAGGGUAAGGUGACGCUCAAACGGCUAAAAACAAAAUCAUUUGAAUUGCAUUUAAAGCUCCUAGCUGAGUAUGAAACACAGAGAUCACACAUGUUCACUUUGACCACAGGGGCCGCCUUAAUUAACUCAAAUAGUUCCUAAAAGAAGCUCUAAAACAACUGGGAGGAAAGAAUGGACCUCAAACUAAAAGAUUGGUUUAUAAUCAACCAGUGCAGACAAUCGAUUACAUUUGUAUGUCUACUGUUGCCUUAAAUCUUCUGCUGUGCAGUCGGUAUAAUAUUUGAUCACUAUACUGUACUUUAACUACAUCUGUUUGCUCUUUAAAAUUCUGAAUGCAAAAUUUAAGGUCUUUGCACACUAAGUCCAUUUUUACGGAUUUUUUUUUAAAUUUCAAAUCUCCAGUCUAAUGAAAAAAGACAUUUUGCCCAGGAACCUUGCACAGUGAGUCUGAUGCACCUGUUUUUCUGUUGAUUACAAAUAUCUGCCAAGCGAGACAAAACAAAGUCAUCAAGCAGUGAGGCUGAAUUUGUUGCCUUUUCAUUUAUUGAGAGAAGAAAACACUGUGUUCAACAACUCCCGAAAAAAAAAAAAAAAAAAAAAACCAAGGACACUUUUACCUGCUGAUAAAAGUGCAGGAAUUUAUGCGGAUCACUUCCAGUUACAUUCCAAGGUGUCAGUGAUACAGUUGGAUAUGUUUCUAGAGAUACCGCAACUGCACAUCAAAAAGAGAACUACCACCUUCCACGAAAGCAAUCGAUCCUGAACAGUAGUGAGCUGUAGACUAUACUAAAAUUCGGGACACAUAUACACACAUACAAGUCAGUGUGCAAACAGGAUCGACUCAACAUGAGAUUGUAUUUCCUUUGCAUGGCGAUUUCACGCAAAAUAAUUACUCAGUGAUGAAAGACUACUUAUUUGACUUCAGUAUGUUUCCUUAGAUUUUGAUUUAUGGCCUAUGAUGGUGGCCCAAAAUCAUGUGUGGGUGUGACAUACUUUACUAACUGAUGUGUUGUGGUAAAGAUAACAAGUGUCUUCAUGUUGGAGCGCUACAUGUUGUGAGUAGUACUUACAGUUUCUGAGUAUUAUGAGAAAUCUAUCAGUGCCAGGACAGGAGUUCAGUCUGGUUUGUGUGUGUAUAGUCUGAGGAGCAUUGUCUUCAAGUGUCUCAGAAGGGAUGAAUAGUACACUGGAGAACAAUCUGUGAGGAUGUGAAAAUGGCAGAACCCAGUGGCUGUAACACAAACCCUUCACCCAUCAACAGUAAUAUCUAGUAAAUUUGGCUUAAAGCUCCCGUAAGGAGUUUUUGAUGAAACGCCAAACAGACUGAAAUGAACCGUGAUGAGUCACUAUAAUGUACAAAAGUUAAUGAAACCAUUGACAACAACAAUGACAGUUUAUUUACAGUAAUUUUGUAUGUUAUUUUUCCCACAGCAAAAAUUCUGUGAUUUUAGUUGUUAUUACAUGAAAGCACAACUGGAGGAGAUUUUUUUUAUCAAUCAGCACCUAUUUAAAGGGAUAUUCUGGUGUAAAUUUAUGGUCAAACACACUGCAACACCAAGUUAGACACCCCCUCCUUCAGUAGCCACUUGUUUGUGGGGGCAGCCCUGACGAGGUGAUCAUCAAGUGCAGCGGAGUUUCGCAGCUCAAGGAAGAACAUUUAUGAACGUUUCUUCAUGAAAAUGCAGUCAGAGUUCUUGUGUAUCUUGUGCACUGCAGAUGUGGUAGUUCUCCUGCCUUAGAGUCUCAGUCUGAUUGCAUUUCCAUGAGGUAAUAAUCAUAAAUUUUCCACUGCACUCAGUGAUUGACUAUUGACCAUAACUUAAAUUUACACCAGAAUAUCCCUUUGAAAAGGAAAAGACGAAAUCCACAGAUAUCAGAGUUAAGUCUUUGUUCACAGGGGGGCUCCAUAAUCAACACAGACAGAAAGUCAAUCACAACAGCUUUUAGUUAAAGCACCUAAACAGAAAUCUGCAUGCAAUUGCAGUUAAAAUUUUGCUCCAAGACUUUGGUUUUUAAUUCUAACAUCAUCUCACUUCCCAGGUUGCUGGUCUGAGGUCCAGCAACACAGGAAGCCCCAAAAGAUCAGCCAGACCCCAGAUCACCAUCACACAAUAGUCAAACCUCUGGUUUGCAUUGAAAGGGGAUAGUAAUUGUCAGGUACAAGCUAGUAGCAGUGGAUGAAAAUUCAAGUUCCUCUUUUCUUUUUUGGGUAAACAUCAAGGGAAAAAAAACAUUAGAUGAAAUAAGCCAUAGUGAGUAAUCGAGAGAAAAAAAAAGAAAGUGUAGUUCAGGUCCACUAAGCAGGAAAAUACAUCACUGUGACGCUAUGUUUUUAACUAUAACACUCUUCUUUCACCUCUGUGGCUUGUGUUUAUACAAGAAACAGCCUUUUCAUGUGAAUCUCUUUUAAUCUUUCUGCCAGUUAAAAGCAGUUUAAUUGAAAUGCUCUGACAUUCAUCUUUUCCCAGCCUCAAUGACAACCUGGCCAGCUUUCCAGUAAACUACAAACUAAAGAACCAUUGGAGAAAAGUCAGAACAAACAGACAUGUUUUGGUGUAAACAGACAUGUUUUUGAUUUGUUCCUUCACAUCAAUCCUCUUGUGAAGUGUCAGUACAAUUUUGCAACAGCUUUGAGUGAACCACUUAAGUAAAAGACAGGAAAUUGUCCCUCUUAUUUCGCCUAAGAAGCAAUCCAGCAUCACGCUGAAGGACCGUCACUGGAAACAGAGCAGCUGGCAGGAAUUCACUAUUUCCCUCAAGGACUCUUCAGCAGGGACUAUGAUUGCCAACAAGUGCACUUGAACGCUGGUUUCCCAGAUUGAGCUGCCUGCUGCCACAAAGCCAAACCAAACAGAAGCACAAAGAUGUCAAAUAACAGCAGAGCUUUCUAAAACACAGACUCGUUCAAGAUCUGAACCCUGUUUUUUUUUCUUUUUUCCGAGGACGAAGGAAGCAUCCCCAGUCUGUUUUUUCAUUACUGAGCAUUCUGCGACCUCAGCAGGCGAAUAUUUGAACAAGCAUGCAGUCAGGCAUUUUUUUUAUCCCCUGUAAAUAUUCAUCUUCCUGCCCAAACAGAUGCUGCCUUGUGUUAAUCCUAGAUUAGUUUAUACAGGCUGAAUUUAGAGUGACUUUUAAACAGGCGCAAAGAUGAAAACUAAGCUGGAACCAUCACAUCACAAAUAAAUACGUUUACUCCAGAAAAACAUGAAAUUUGACCUUCACCUGCACAUGUACACUCCUGAGAAUAGUUAGAAGUUCUGGUGAUUCAAUGAAAUAUUCCUGAUAUAGUGUCAGUGCACAGUGCCGCCACAUGAAUCUGGCUCAAAUAAUAAUGCUUAUCUUAUAACAGUGUGUACUGCAGGAAACCAUGGGCUAAUAACACCUUUCAGUUAGUCAGUGAUUUCUACAGGUCUGAAGGUGCUGACUGACUCUCUAUAGCAAUUAUUUACACAGUCUUCUACAACACAGUACGCUGCCACAACAAUCACACCUCUGGUCUCCUGACGGCCUGCAAACAUAAAUACAUACAGUAUUUAGUAGCACUUCAGCUCAGAGCUGAGUAAAGGUAAUGUUUAAGGUUUGUUCAAAUAUUUCCUUUUGUACCAUCAUUCAAGACUCUAUUCCAGGGCCUUUUCUUCAAAGCUUAAUUCAAUUAUUCUCAAAACUUUUUCAAAACAUGACAGUGCAAGAUGGUGGAAGAGGAUACACUGCUGUAGAGCUUGAUAAUUAUGUGGAUAGACAAGACUUGUUCUCAAUUAAUAAAAGCAAGAAAUCCUACAUUUAGGUGAAUAUACACUAGUUUUAACAUACUUACGAAGACUAUAUUCUGUUUCUACAAGGUCUGUUCUGCUCAAUUCCAUGAACUACCACACACCAAAUUUUAAAACUAUUUAAAACAUUCACUAUUUUGAUUUUUGUCAAUCUGAUUUUUCUUUAUUUUGUGAAUAUUUGAUGUAAAAAAAUUAAAAACAGGGCUGUUUCUUCCUCUGCUUGGCUGACAACUACCCUCCCUCACAGUUUUCAAGCAUUGAAAAUCACAAGAUAAAAAUAAUCAGUCUUAUUUCUGAUGUUCUUGUUUUCUCUUUUAUAUUGUAAGAAGGCAUCAAUGUGAAUUUUAACCUACUUCAUAAAUGGUUAAAAAAACUCCCUACAAGACUUUUAACUACUUGUGACAUGUGGGAUAUGGAAUGAAAGAGUUUCUAAACAUUCAAAAAUUCAGGAAAAGUACAAAUACUGUAAACACUAUAAACUACAGAAGCUACUCCUGGUAUUGUACUCAUUUACAUUUCAAGUAUCUUCAUGAUACUUGAAAUGCUACUUUCCUAGCCUUUAAUGAUGUCUCUCUAAUCCUGCACAGGCUCUUCGAUAAUUUUCUUUUUGUCCACUAGGAGGAGCUCAGAGCAUCAUUCAAUGGACUGGAGACAAAGCUGGCUCACUUACAGAAAUCCACACAGACAUGGGAACACGCAUCCAGUCAUAACAAGGUAUAGAAGUGGGAAUCCAACUAAACAAGAAAUUAGUCAUAAAACUUCUGUUCUCUCAUCCUCCCUUUCUUUCCUCUCCAGUCUGAUGCCAAAUUCACUGAGGAGCAGAUGAAAAAAGACUUUGAGAGUCUCCACCAGUUUUUGAGAGAGGAGGAAGCAGCCAGGAUUAUUUUCCUCAGGGAGAAUGAGGAGGAGAAAAAGAAAGUGCUAGAUAAACAGAUAGAUGGGAUGAGUCAGGUGAUAAAAUCUCUAGAGGAGAAAAUCCAGCUGAUUGAGGAACAGCUUGAUGCAAAUGGAGAUGGAGCUGAAUAUUUGGAGGUAAUUUAAAACAUGUCAUGGGUAGUGAAGGUGCGAUGUGUUUGAUUUUAACUGCAACACUAUUUCUUUUUCUGCAGAACCACACAGGCAGAGUGAAUAGGUAUGUGACACUUCUGGUACUUUUCAUAAAUAAACAUCAAUAUCAGUCUCUAAAUAUUCACAGGUAUUCUCUGCAGUACAUUGACAGAAAUCAGGGACCCAAAGCGGAUUCGCAGACCUCUCAUAGAUGUGUGUGAACACCUGGGUAACCUUCAGUACACUGUGUGGGAGAAGAUGAAAUGCCUCACUCCAUACAGUCAGUUUCCUCUAUCAUGCUCGUAACUUCUACUCCUGUCUGUUUGUCUGUACUUCUUCACUCCUCCUGAUCCUCUUUUUUAUGUUUCAGCUCCGGUGACCUUCGACCCCAGGACAGCUGGCUGGUCUUUAAAGGUUUCUCCUGGGUUAAGCAAUGUUCGUAUCUGCCCUGGACCCUCACAGGGGCUGGACCUGACUCUGGAUGUUUCUGUCCCAGAUAAUCCUACACGUGUCCACCCAUAUUCCUGCAUCCUGGCGAGAGAGGCUUUCAAUUCAGGAGUGCACUGCUGGGAAGUAGAGGUAUCAACAACCUGGGCACCAUUUCAAUGUAGAAUUGGCUGUUAAUAAUCAGCUAUUAUUGGUUUUUCAAAAAUUUUGAAUGUACAUAAUGUAAAGGCUACUUUUCAUACUCUGAUCCACCUCUUAAUUAAAACUCAACACACCUUACUUAAAGGCACUAUAAGGGUUUUUUAACUGGUUGACAAACAGACUGGAACUGACAGUGGGGACCUUUAAAAGCAUAUUUGAACACUAGCAGCAGGACUGAUCUUUCUUUUUAGUAAUUUUGAAUCCUUGUAAUGGCUGUGAGUAGGUUGGUUGCAACCCAUGGGCUUGAGAAAUGAAGUCGAUGAAGGGGAACAAACUGCAGUUUUGUCGAGGGUCCACUUGAGGCUGCCUCCAAAAGACACAUAUGCACCCAAUUAAAAAAAGCCAAUCUAUAUAGCAAUAAUAAACACAUUUACAGCCUGGUACAAACAAAAAAUGAUUGUUGUCUGAAUGCCUCCUCUCUCUAUUUGCACAUGCUACCUGGGAGUUGCGUUUUUAACAAACUUGUUGGUUUUGAAGAUAUCAAGGUUUCAAGUUUGGCAAAUUAAAGACACAUCUGACAGACUGUAGCUGUUAGCAUGGAGGCUUAAGGCCCCGCUAAAUUCUGCCUCUUUGCCUUUUGUUGGGGUAGUCAUAAAUUAGGUUGAGUCAGCAUUUAUGGAGUCUGUCACUGAUAAGCUCCAAACUCUACUUUGGAAACCAAUUGGUGACGUCAAUGAGUCCACGUCCAUGUUUUGUACGACAGAUUAUCAGACUGUCAUUACAAAAAAAUAUUUUACAGCAGAAUUAAAGAUGUUCAAACAAAAGUUUCCUUAUUUUUUUUUUGCACAUUACAGGGGAGAUUUUGUGCUGGUGAGUCAUUUAUUUGGAUUACUGGGAGAAGGACAUUUAAAACUUUAUUUCUAACAAACUGGCACAAAAUAUCUAAAUUUGGUUAUCCAUCAUGAUCUAACCCUUACCUCUAAAUCCAUCACCAAUUGGGCUGCAGUAUACACAAAACAUGAGAUACGGGCUUUUCUGAAGUGCUAGAGUAAAAACCCUCCCUGCACUCUUCUCAGUUGAUCUGAUCUUUUCCUGUAUUGAAACCAACAGGUUGGUGACACCAGUAAUUGGACUGUGGGCGUGGCUGCUCAGUCCGUGUCCAGGAGGACAGAGAUCAAGGCCUGUCCAGAGGUAGGACUCUGGUGUAUCAGCCUGCAAGAUGGACGAUACCAAGCCCUAACCAGUCCCCCACGGAACUUGAAUCUAGAUGCAACACUUAUCCUGAGAAGAAUCCACGUGAGACUGGACUGGGAUGAAGGGACUCUUGACUUUAAAGAUGUUCAUACCAACACAAAUCUGUUUACUUUUUACCAUUGCUUUACUGAGACAGUGAACCCAUACUUUGAGAGUAUAUCCUUAUUUGGGGGCUUUGGUCUGUUGUCAAAGACAGUGGACGUCAGUGUGAAGUCAGAUUUCAGCCCUGAGGAAGACACAUGGGAGGAUCAGGAGGUAAAUGAUGAAUUUUCUCCCGAGGAAAGCAAUAAUAGUGAGUUAUCAACAUAUAGCAACACCACAUCAGAGUGUGGACAUCUGACUGAAGACAAAAAUUCAGUUAUUUGUGCUGAGAGAGAGAAGGAAACUAAACCACAUGAAGGGGCAGUGAAGGACAAGCCUGUGAAAAUAAAACCCACCGGAAAAAAUAAGCACAGCAGGCCAAGGUUCAGCGUUACAUACCACGUUUCGCUGAAUAGAGCUCUUAACUUUAUCAAAAAGUUAGCAGGGAAACACGAAGAACUCCCUAGUCACAAUAAUCCCUUGGUUGAACAUCCAUGA